UUUGCUAUAACUCGAAUUAAUAGUUAGAUAAAUAGUUAAUUAGUUUUUUACAAUUUUUUAUUAAUUGCUACAUUUGACUCUAGUUUAAAAAAUAUGUUGUACACAAAACUAGUUAAUUGACUACUUAAUUUGCUAUAACUCGAAUUAAUAGUUAGAUAAAUAGUUAAUUAGUUUUUUACAAUUUUUUUAUUAAUUGCUACAUUUGACUCUAGUUUAAAAAAUAUGUUGUACACAAAACUAGUUAAUUCACUACUUAAUUUGCUAUAACUCGAAUUAAUAGUUAGAUAAAUAGUUAAUUAGUUUUUUACAAUUUUUUAUUAAUUGCUACAUUUGACUCUAGUUUAAAAAAUAUGUUGGACACAAAACUAGUUAAUUCACUACUUAAUUUGCUAUAACUCGAAUUAAUAGUUAGAUAAAUAGUUAAUUAGUUUUUUACAAUUUUUUAUUAAUUGCUACAUUUGACUCUAGUUUAAAAAAUAUGUUGUACACAAAACUAGUUAAUUCACUACUUAAUUUACUAUAACUCGAUUUAAUAGUUACAUAAAUAGUGAAUUAGUUUUUUACAAUUUUUUUAUUAAUCGCUAUGUUUUUUAGAUGGAUCGUCCUAGAUAUUCGGUUGAUAUGGGUAACCUCGAGCGCAACCGAACGAAAGAGCUUGCGAGGAAGAGAUCCCGCAAAGGUAAAUCACAUAUCGGCUCUUCAUCUCAAAGUCGAGAUGAUUUUGAUACGGGUUACGUAAGGAGGGAUGGUGAUGCGAUGACCGACGAACAACUAGAACAAGAAUUGCACCGACAUAAUUCCCGCUUUUUUCAAGACCAACCGAGGACCAUUGACGAAGAAGAGCUCGAGGACGAGGACGACGAUGUGGAGGAAGCAAUUCCGGAGAGCCACGACGACGACGAGGAGGAGGGUGGCGGCAGCCAUGACGCCGACCAAGCAGCCUCAUCCCAAACAGGUACAAAAAAAAGUAAAUCUGAAUUAAUGGCUAAUAAUUUUUCUAAGUGGAAGGACCCGAACACCGGGAAUUGGACCGCAACUUGCAAUUGGUGCAAGAAAAACUAUAGCUUGGGGAUUUCCGGCGGAUACGGAUCCGCCACAAGACACCUUAAGUCCAAACACCCGGUGGAGUAUGCAAAAUUAGGUGGCGGAACGGGGAAGCAAACGCAAAUAUCGAGGUUUGCAAAUAACCAACAAGCUUUUGGUAAUUUCUCAUACAAUGAUGCACAAAAUUUGACAGGUAUGGCUAACUUACUUGUUGAAGAAAAUUUGCCUUAUUUGUUUUCUGAAAGUCUUGCUUUUCGUGAUUAUGCACAAACUUGUUUAAAUCCGCAAUAUAGAGGUUAUAGUCGCAAAACGGUUAAAAAAGAAAUUUCAAGGCUUUAUGGUGCGGAAAAGGUAAGGUUACAAAAUUAUUUUGCAAACUUUGAUGGACGUGUUACUGUAUGUUCUGACAUAUGUGAGAAUACUUAUCAUAAUUUACAUUAUUUGGGUCUGACUGUACAUUAUAUUGAUAAUGAUUGGCAUAUGCAUAAACGUGUUCUUGCUUUCCGUGAAUUUAAUGAGUAUUUUAAUUGAUAAGGUGUUUGCUAUUGGUUUUGAUAAUGCUACUAAUAAUACUGCUGUUAUUCCUAGAUUGCGUGAAUUGUGUGGUUCUACUUCUUUGAUGGGUAGAUUUUUUCAUCAACGAUGUGCAUGUCAUGUUCUAAAUUUAUGUGUGCAAGAUGGUCUAAAAGCGUUGGGAGCAUCGUUGGAGGUAGUCAAGGGGGGGAUUAGACGUAUUUGGGGUAAUGGACAACUUAGGAAAAAAUGACAUGAUUAUUUGAUAGAAAGAGGUGAGAGAUAUGUGGCUUUUCCAAAAGAUUUGUCUAUUCGUUGGAAUAGUACCUAUAAGUUAAUUGGAGUUCUUCUUAGAUAUAAACAACAUUUUCCUGCUUUUAUGAAACAAUAUGAUAACUAUAUUAUAAACUCGGCUGAGAUCGACACCUGUGAAAAAAAUUGUAAUGCUUUGAUAUAUUUUAAUAAUGCAACUGAAACUCUUAGUCAUGUUUAUAAACCUACCUCAAACCAAUUUAUUCGUGAAGCUGUUAAUCUCGCCGGUGCUUUUUCAAAUUUUGAGAAUGUUGAUUAUGUGAGUUAUUUUGCUGGUUUUAUGAAGGAAAAGUUUUUAAAAUAUUAUUCACAUAUUCCGCAUAUUUAUGGUAUUGCCUUUGUUCUCGAUCCUCGUUUUAGACUUGGUUCUUUAGAAGAAUGUUUGAAUUAUUAUUAUGCUGCUUUUUUUGGUCCAUUGCCAAUGUAUGAGGACAAUCCAAUUGAUCCGAAAAAAGAAUACAACGAGGUUAGUGAUAUAUUUUAUGCAUUAUUCAAUGACUUUCAUGCACAAUAUGGCAAUGCGCCCCCUCCCCCGACACAAACAUCAUCUAAAGGAAAAUCAAUUUUCAAAUCUACGUUUGCCAAUCUUAUUAAAAAAAACAAAAUCAACUCCCGCUACACAACAAAGCACAAUUAAUGAGAUUUCUUUGUAUUUAACUUAUGAUGUUGAUUUUGAAGAAGAUGAUGAUUUUGACGUACUAGACUGGUGGAAGGGAAAAGAAAGAAUGUUCCCGGUUUUAGCAAAGAUGGCUAAGCAAGUGCUAUCAAUGCCGGUUUCAACGGUUGCCGUGGAAGAAGAAUUUAGUUCGGCCGGCAAUGUUCUAACACAAACCAGAACGAAGUUGAGCGCUGAAUCUCUUGAGAUGCUUAUAUGCUACCACGAUUGGUUGAAAGCAGCACGUAGAGCUCAAGAAAUUGACAUCACUCCAUCCCAACACUUUAUGGAUGAAUCUACAACAGAGGAUGGCUCUACCUAUGCCGGAGAUUCCGAUUAAAAAAAAUUAUAGUUCCUAUUUAAUUUUCAAAUGUAGUUC